AUGUUCCCCGUAGCGCUCAUUUGCACGUUGCUGGUUGUGUUGGUUCUGCAAACUCAUGCGCUGUUCAUUCCGGACACGACGUCGUCCGACUCUUCCACUGCAGUUGACAUCCCACUUUUCAGGCGAUCCUAUCCCCAAGGCGUAGAUGAUGUCAAAAGGACGGCGGAAUACCUGCGAGCCAAGUAUGGAUACUCAGCUACAGGCGAAUUUUUGGGAAUUACUUCUCCUAUCUCAAUAAUAUCUGGAAUUGCCAACGGAACUGUGCCAACCUACUACGGGGCCAUCAGUAUCGGUACUCCACCUCAGAAUUUCAAUGUCCUCCUCGAUACUGGAUCCGCCGAUCUCUGGCUCCCUUCAACCCCAUGUGCAUGUGGCAAUGUCACGUUAUAUAACUCUUCCAGCUCUUCCACUUAUAAAACCAUCAGUAGUCCGUCCAAUGGUUCCAUUACCUUCGCAGCUGGGACCGUAUCAGGGACCAUUGGCAAUGAUACGGUGUCUAUGGGCAAUUUCACUGUGCCUCAACAAAGUUUCCUCCUCGUGAAUCAAACUAAUCUUGGGGGUGGUGAUGUCCUACCAGGGCUAAUGGGUUUUGCCUUUCAAGGUCUUUCAUUCAUCAAUGCCACACCGUUCUGGCAAACUAUUGUCAGCAGAGGACAAUUGUCAGUUGCAGAAAUGUCGUUUUACCUUGCACGCGUGCUGGAGCAGGCUGCUAGUCCUACCGGUGUGCAGCCGCUUACAAAUCCAGGUGGAGUGCUAACUUUGGGAGGCGUCAAUACCAGUCUUUACCAAGGAUGUAUCGAAUUUACAAAUUUGACAAGUUCAUCGACGUACUGGACCAUCCCAAUUCACAAUAUCACAGUUGGAUCAAAGAACAUCACAUUGCCUUACCCGCUUGCUGCCAUAGACACCGGGUCUCCGUAUAUCAUGGGUCCUCUAAAGCAGGUACAAGCUAUUUGGGCUCAAGUAAGUGGUGAUGACCUAGGUGAUGGAUCUUUUCAAUUACCAUGCAACACCCCUAGUUUCCAGGUCACUUUCUCGUUCGGAAGCAGCGCAUGGUCGAUCGACAGCACCGACCUUCUCAUUCCACAAUAUAACAACUCAGCCAUGUGCACCGGUGCCAUCAUAUCUUUGGCAGGGAGUAAUAAUAAUGUUAAUCCUUCAGAUUCUAACAGUCCUUCCUGGGUGAUAGGUGAACCCUACUUGAGGAAUGUUUACUCUGUGUUUCGACAGAGUCCCCCUUCAGUAGGAUUUGCGCAGUUGUCUAGUGCUGUUAUUGGAGGAAAAAGUGGAAAUCCUGGCGGCAGUGCAUGCGCUGUAAGAGCCAAUGCAGGAGCGCGAGCCAUUGUGUGGGCCCCGUGGUCAUCAAUCGUAGUAGUUGUGGUGACCCUCCUAGUGAUGUGAUGAGAUUACUGGACUACGCAUCUAUCUUGCACAGAAACUUUGUCACUAGCUUCCCGAUCGUUUGUACAUACAUUCUUCGUGUUUUAUGUUUACUUCUUGUGGUAUCUACGUUCAAAUAUGGGAAUUAAUGUUUUGAGAA